UGGUGUUGUGUAAGGGAUUCUUAUGCCUAUAGUAACUUAUGUUACUUUAGUUUCCUUCGUUUGUUGUAAACUCAAUUGAAUUAAUGUACAUAGUAAUUUAAGUCGUUUUCAAAAUAAAAUAAAAAAACCCCAAAAAACUUACAAACAAUUGAUACAAGGUUUGGUAUAUGAAAAUAAUAUGAGUACUCCGUAUUUAAGAAAUGAAAGGAUAAAGGAAAACUAAUACCCGUACUUUUUAAAACAAGUUUAAAAACCCUUAUAAGGUCCGCCCUGCCCACAAUUAAACGAUCGUAUAAAGACCCGUCCCAUUUAUUUAUUAGACGGAUCUAACCCAUUUAUAACAGGGGCAGGUCAUGGCUUCUAAUAAGGCUCUCUCUCUCAGUUAUCCAUUGAAGCGCAGUUGACGUUCUCCGUUGAAUCUAACACUUGUAUCUCCCAUUGAAGCAGCUUCUGAGGUCAGAUGAACAUUAGAAGAAUCAUAAUCACCAGGCCGUUAAUUAACGUCUUUACUCAGACUCACACACUACAUCCAUUUACCACUAUCACAACCGCAACUGCAACCAAUCCUUCUCUCCACCAAUCUCAAACGCCUUUGCUAAUUAACUCAUUGACUCCUGUCAAUUCGGACCAUCUCCUUAAAGUUUGCACAAUCCUGUUCCAGCAAAAAGAUGCAUCAGAAUCCAAGCUCCGAAUGCACCUCCUAAGAACUCAAUUCAGCCUUAAUCAUGAAUUUUUCCUCCAAGUAUGCAACAAAUUUCCCCUUUCAUGGCGGCCUGUUUACCGUUUCUAUCAGUAUACCUUGACCUGCCCUGAGUUCACCCACACCCCUGUUUCCUUUAAUAAGAUGCUUGGCGUGAUUGGUAAGUCUAGAAAUAUAGAUCUGUUUUGGGAAUUAUUGUGUCAAGUGGCGGAGCAAAAAAUGGCUAAUGAUAAGACAUUUAGGAUUGCUUUGAAAACAUUGGCUGCUGCUAGGGAGUUGAAGAAAUGUGUAGAAUAUUUUCACUUGAUGAAUUCUCACGAGUAUGGAUAUAGUUUGGAUACUUUAAAUAAGGUUGUUGAAACCCUUUGUAAGGAAAAACUGGUUGAAGAGGCUAAGUUUAUUGUGGUGAAGUUGAAGGAUUGUAUCAAGCCAAAUCAGGCUACUUAUAAGCACUUAAUUUGUGGGUUUUGUGAUGUUGGGGAUGUGAUUGAAGCUUCAAAAUUGUGGAAUUUGAUGAUGGAUGAAGGAAUCGAAGCUGACAUAGAUGCUGUAAAUACGAUGAUAGAGAGGUUCUUCAAGAAUAAUCAGUUUGAUCAAGGACUAAAGCUUUUUCAAACUAUGAGGGUAAAAAGGAUGGAGGAAGUUGGACUUUCAACAUAUAGUAUUGUUAUCAAAUGGAUGUGUAAAAGGGGUAAGCUUUCCCAGGCUUAUUUGGUGUUUGAAGAAAUGCAGAAGAGAGGAAUCCUAGCAGAUGAUGCAACAUUGGCGUCAAUAAUAUAUGGGCUUGUAUCAAAGAAUCAAGCUCAAGAAGCAUAUUUGAUUGUGGAAAAUACUGAGAAGCCAGAUAUAUGCAUGUACCAUGCCUUGAUCAAGGGACUUCUUAAAUUGAGGAAGGCAGGCGAGGCAACGGAAGUUUUUAGGCUUAUGAUAAGAAAAGGAUGUGAACCUAUUAUGCACACCUAUAUCAUGUUGUUGCAAGGGCACUUAGGAAAGAGAGGAAGAAAGGGGAAUGAUCCCCUUGUAAAUUUUGAUUCCAUAUUUGUUGGGGGUUUGGUUAAAGCGGGGGAAGUUCUGGAAGCCACCAACUACACUGAAAGAACCUUGAAAAGAGGCCUUCAGGUUCCGAGAUUUGACUAUAAUAAAUUCUUGCAUUACUACUCAAAUGAGGAAGGUGUAUACAUGUUUGAGGAAGUAGGGAAGAAAUUGAGAGAAGUCGGAUUAUUUGACUUAGCAGACAUAUUUUUGAGAUAUGGGGAGAAAAUGGCUACUAGAGAUAGAAGAAGAACUAGAGAUGCAUUUGAGUAGCUACCAAUGGCGUGACAUCUAUGCAUUUUCCAUUGGUGUUGGUUCUAAUCCAAUUCUAUCCUGUCUGGGGUUCAGAGAUUAGUUGUCACUGUCUACUCUUAAUACGGCAGCUGGGUAUUUUUGAAUAAUUGGCAGCUUGUCGCCCAUUUACUUACAAGAGGCGGAUGGUGAUCGUUGUCUGCUUUUCCUGGAACAAGAUCCUUCGUGAGUAUGUUUCUCCGGUUGACUGUUGGCUAUGCAUGAUGGGGAUAAAUUCGGUGUCAUAACCUGGAGACAGGAAAUGCAGACAUAGAAAUGGAGAGGAUCCUAAUAUGCGCUUCCUAUAUGUUGGUUCCUUCCCAAAUCCCAUGGUAGCCAUCUUUGGUUACUUUCCAAAACUUUAAUUUAAAAGUAGCAAGACUUGAGUAUUUGAUACUUUUUUUACUUGGUGAAACAGAAUUGUACAUAUUAUAGUGAGCUUGAGUGACUGACUAAUUGUUUGAUUGAAUGUAAUGUAAAAAGUUAUUAUUCGAAAAUUAAAAUAAAAAAUUCAAUUCCCAAAAAAGUAAUGGAAAAAUAGAUUGGUUGUAGAUCUACUACGUACUCCGUACAAAAUUUGAAAGUUUCACUUACUUAGAUUGUCUGAGAGGUUUCAAUGGCCAGUAAGCCGCUUAAGGUGUUUUGUGGGGAAAAAACUUCCUACUUGUAAUACAAACAUUAUUGAUGUAAUUUUUCAGUCUUGACCUCAAAUAUUUUUUACAAAAACUCAUCCACAAUUUUAUAAAAAGAUAAUAAUGUUAUCUCCAUUGAGAGAGUAGCUAGCAUUAGUCAUAACUCAUAUCUAAUGGACAUAUCACACCUAUAUCCUUAAAUCACAUACUGUUACAACGGAUUGAAAAAAAAAAAAAAAAAAAAAAAAACCGAGAUACCAGAUGUAUACGCUAAUCUGAUACUUAGCUUGUAUGUGCAUCCUAGACCUUUGGUCCCAAAACUUGGAUAGACUAAUCGGUAAUUUAAGGGUGAUAUUAAAAUACAAGUACUUGUAUAGUUGUAUCAAAUAUGUUGCAUUUUUAAAAAAAAAAACCUACUUGUAUACUGUAUAUUAUGACAUCCAGAAUACCCGCCAAAUAUCAACUUUAUAACUAACACUUUGAAAUGUUUCACAGCUUUUGUUCUUCACUCAAUAAUACCCCCAAGAUCGACCCAAAUUACUGGAAUUCGAUGAUAAAAGAUCAAUUCAGACUUAAAAAUGAUCGGGCAAUCCUAGAAACAUUUUCCCAGAUGGAAAAUUUGCACAUUUCACCUGAUUCCACUACUUUGCCUCUGAUUUUGAAGGCUUGCUUAAAGCUUCAUGCCAUUGAAACAGGCAAAAGGAUCCAUUCUAAGAUCAAGAGUAAAAAUUUGAUAAAUGAUGUUCGGGUUCGAUCUUCCCUCGUCGAUUUCUAUGGGAAAUGUGGGUUACUUGAAGAUGCCCGCCAUGUGUUUGAUGAAACGUCUCAAAGAGAUGUUGUGUUGUGGAAUGUGAUGAUUAAUAGCUAUGUAGGAUGUUGUUUGUAUAGGGAAGCGUUGUUGUUGUUUAAGCAGAUGCGGUUUGAGAAUUUGAAGCCUACCUCGGUUACAUUGGUGGCAUUGCUUAUCGCGUGUGGGGAGCUCGUGCAGUUGAGAUUAGGGAAAGAGAUACAUGGGUUUUGUUUGAGGAAUGGUGUUUUUCCUUCAAAUUGCUAUCUUGGGGCUGCUUUAAUUGGGUUUUAUGUGAAAUUCGAUGUGAGGGCUUCUCGUGUUGUGUUUGACUUGAUGCCUAUGAAGAAUGUUGUUAGUUGGAAUAUUAUGAUGAAUGCCUAUAAAGGUGUUGGUGAUCAACUUGAAUCGCUAAAGCUUUUUGCGAAAAUGUUAAUCGAAGGGGUAGUAUGUGAUAAAGUUUCGCUUUUGGCUGCCAUACAGGUGUGUUCUGAACUUGGUUGUCUGGAUGUGGGCAUGCAACUUCAUCAACUGAUCAUAAAGUUUAGGUAUGCUCAAGACCUACAUAUCAUUAGUGCACUGGUUAAUUUGUAUGUGAAAACUAGAAUCUUCACGUAGGAUAUUUGAAUCUGCUCCUAUUUAUGACAUUGCCAUAUGGAAUUCAACGAUAUCAGCUUGCUUAGAGUAUGGAAGACAUGAGGAGGCCUGGAAAUUGUUUUCUAGGAUGCAAUUAGAAGGAUUCAGAGUAAAUGAAGCUACAAUGACUAUUCUUUUAACUGUAUGUAUAGAAAUGGGUUGUGAAUUGAGAGUCAGUAGGUCCUUACAGGCUAAAUUAAUUAGAAAUGGGUUUUCUAAUAAUACGUCGAUUGUAAAUGCAGUCUUGAGAAUCUAUGCACGUCAUGGCUGUAUUAACAAUGCAAUGAUGCUAUUUGACGAGUUGAUUAGACCAGAUGUAGUGUCCUGGAACAUUAUGAUCUCUGCUCUGGCUGGUAAUGGAUUAAAAAAUCAUGCUUGGAACUACUUUGAGAAGAUGUUAGAUUUGGAAAUUAAGCCUAAUAUGCACACGAUUAUUGCUGUUCUUACUGUUUGCAAGGAUGAAUCUUAUCUUAAUCUGGGUCGAUCAUUACAUGGGUAUGUGAUGAAGCAUGGGAUUGAAGUAAACAUAGAAUUAAGUACUGCACUCAUUGAAAUGUAUACGAACUGUAGUGAUGAGGUAGCUGCUAGAAAUUUAUUUGAUAGGUUCUCAAACAGAGAUGUAAUAUUGUGGAAUUCUUUGAUUGCUAGUUACGUGAGAAAUAACCUGGCUCAUGAAGCUCUGUCACUUUUCAAGAGAAUGAUCUUAGAAGCAGAACCCAAUUCUAUAACAAUAAUUAAUAUUCUCUCAUCAUGCAUUGACGUAGCUAGUCUUCCUCUAGGUCAAUGCCUACAUGCUUACACAAUUCGUAAAAACUAUUUUGGAGGCUUGAAUUUGUCACUUGCAAAUGCCUUGUUAUCUAUGUAUGCAAGAUGUGGCAGUAUGCAGAAUGCUGAGAAGAUUUUCA